AAACUACUUUUAAAAUGAUUUGUUCCCCAAGCACAAGCUUGGACCAGCAAUAAAACACUACAUAUUUGAACUGAUUAGUGAUUUUGCACUCACAAAUUUCCCAUUCCUAAUCCACCUAAAUUUGCUUGAACUCCAAGCAAUCUUUCCUUAUAUUGAUUUCAGUCGAAAUCAGAACAGGAAGUUAUGGAAGAUCUGAUACAACUGCCGCGUUUAGAACAGAAAAGCAGAAUUCUAAAAUUAGAAAACAACGUUCCAAAAACAAAACACACAGAAUUCUACAGAAAAACAUUCUAAGCAGCAAAACGGAGAAGAAAAAAGCUAGAUUCUUUACUUUAAUAAGAACAUCUCAAAACAUGAGACUAACAUGACAAAAGAAGAGAAGAUGGAGAGAAGAUCAACAUAAAUUUCAUUAUUAUUAUUGCUAUUAUUGUUUUCCAGUUUUGAUAGGCUGCAUAAUUUGCACUUGUUUUGUCGCAGCUCUUUAACCUUCAGAAUGCCUGUGGAGAAUAAGAUGACACAGAAACCAAGUCCUACUUCUUAAUUGGCUUCAUAGGAUACUUGCAUGUUUGCUUCAGCAAUCCUGAUAUUUAAGAAAAUCAAUGCUUUUGCAUCUUGGCAUCAUUUAUAUUUCCAGAUCUCCUGGAGCCAUUUAUGUUAUCACCUUCAGUUGCAUGUCCAUGUGAAAAGAACCAACUUGAGACUCAACUGUACUCUCUCUCUCUCUCUCCCUCUCUCUCUAUGUGGUACAACGAUGAAAAUCUCUCUUAAGAAGGCUCUAGGCUUUUGAAAUUAGCUACUUAAUCUCCAUUUUGCCUUUGAAUUGACCUUCAAGUUUAGGAUAAAUAAUGGGAUUUAGGAACUAAAGGAACGAACGUUUAUGUUUUCUAUGAGUAGUCUCAGCUCCAAGCCUCCAAGCAUCUCAAGUUUUCUUCUUUCUUUUUUUUUUUUUCUUCCUUUUCCCUCUAUUUUGCAGCAGACUUCACCAUCGGUGGAUGCAGAGUCAAAAACGAAAAGAGAAAAGAAAAACAGAAUGCUCUCAAUAUUUUUUAGUUGCAAUAUUAUUACAUUCACACUCAUUUCCAGGAAAUUUUUUUUAAAAAAUUCUAAUAUGUAAUUCUAAAUUUGCAUUUAAAGUUCCUAUGCUUAGUGCAGUACAAAAUGAAAUGUGUGUCUAGCAUAAGAUCUUGUAGGAUUAUUUAUUUCUUUUACUUUUUCAAGUAACUUGUAAGUUAAUUCCCUUGCUUUAAGUUUUCAAUUUUCCUCUUUUUUGUUAACCCUCCUUUUCUUUUUUCUUUUUGGCUCCCACAGAAUAAGAUGCAAAGAAUGUUGAAGGACACCUGCUUUAUCUUUUUUUAUUUUGAGUUCCUUUGAAGUUUUGUCCAUGAAAUCCAAGACAAAUUAUUCCCCUACUAAGUUGAAUUCUUUAUAGAUGAUAAUAUACUUUAGUAUUUUAACAAACUAUUUUGAGAAUUAAUUUUUUUUAAUAGGAAAAAGCUUAUUGCCAGGAAAACCCUUCAGUGAUCUUUUAAAUAUUUCUAUGGGUACCCUUCCAAGUUAUACAUAUUAAGGAAAAGUGCAAAAAGGGAUUAUGGGAUUAAAUUUGAUUCUGAGACAUAGUACAAGCCUUUAAUCAAGAACCACUUAAUUUAGUGAUCUCCAAGCAAAACAAAGGAAGCCAUAGCUUUACCUUCAUUUCAGAGUAGUGCAUUUGUGCAGAAUCACUGUUGACUUGUCUUCCAUAUAUAGCAUCAGCAUCAAUCUGUCUAUAAGCUACAGCUCAUUGUAUCAACUCAUGCAUUGAUUAGCUUUGGAGUCACAGAUCACUUAGGCCAUGAACUUCUUUGGAAAUGACCCAUUUUCUUUGCAUUCCUCAUCAACAUCUCUGGCAGAAGACAUUCUCAUAAAGAAGAUCUUGCUGACACAUGAUCCUGAUGGUCGUCGCCUAGAUUCUGAGCUAUUACUUUGUGCAAUGGAGAAUAUCAUGUGUUACACUGCUACAUCUGAAGUACUAUUCAAUUUGCAGGUUAGCAGGUUCAAUAUUGAUGCCAUUGCAGAGAAUGAUAUGAGCAACAUUGAAGUAACAGGAGCAGAAGAAUCAUUGGGACAGAUCAUCCACAACAUUUCAAAUGAAAUGCUUUUCAAAAAUGCUGGUGAAGGGGAUCUGCACGAAAGGACUAUGAUCUUGUUUGAUUUGCUUGGAAAUUACAGAUGGGAUGCCAAAUUAGCAUUAAUACUUGCAGCAUUUGCAACAAGCUAUGGUGAAUUCUGGCUGAUAAUGCAGCUAUACCCUCAUAAUCCGUUGGCUGUAUCAGUUGCAAUGCUUAAACGGUUACCUAAUGAUGUAAGCAUUUUGAAGCCUAGGUUUAAGGCCAUAGGCAAAUUGGUUAAGACAAUGGUGGAUCUAACAAAGUGCAUUAUCAAGUUUGAAGCCCUACCACUUAGAUAUGUAAAGCUGGAUGAUGAAGCAAAUUCAAUUGCAAAAUCUCAUAUAUAUGUAGCUGCUUACUGGAUCACAAGAAGCACACUGGCAUGUUCUUCCCAGAUCACAGACUUGAUGGCCAUGAAGCCUGAGCAAGUGUCUUCAAAUCAAAUAGCACUUGCACUGUGGCAGCUCUCAAGCCUGGUACAUAGGCUAAGCAGCAUAUACAGUCACCUAAAUCAGCAGAUGGAUUUGUGUCAUCAACAAAUAGAGACAAGAUUGCAUCAGAAGCUGUUAAAAAUUCUCCCAGAGGCCCAUGCUGACAACCAAGAGGUCCUUGGCUUGUUAUUGGCUCUGCAAGAUGACUUACCACUCAAGAAAUCUUCUACUCGAGAGAAGCUAGGUGUGUCUGAACUGAAAGAUAAGGUAGUUGUACUUUUGGUCUCAAAGCCAGAGCUCCUUCCACUAGAGAGACUACUCUUGCUGGUUCAUCAAACAAAUGUUCAUCUUCCCCACAAGAAUUUAGAUGAAAGCUAUGAAAUUGUAUGGAUUCCAAUUUCAUUUUCUGAUAAAUGGAGUGAAGCUGAAGCAGAAAGAUUCAACCUUUUAUCGGAUUCAUUGCCAUGGUACUCACUCCGGCGACCUUGGUUACUCAACUCUGCUGUGGUGAACUACAUAAAACAAGUAUGGAACUUUAAAAGUGACCCUCUUAUGGUAGUGUUGGAUUCACAAGGGAUGGUUACAAAUUCAAAUGCAAUUGAUAUGAUAUUGAUAUGGGGUGCCAAAGCAUAUCCAUUCUCAUCUUCAAGAGAAAAGCAGCUCUGGGAAGAAGAGCAUUGGACUCUGAAACUUUUGGUUGACGAAAUCGACCCCCUUCUAACCAGAUGGGUAGAAGAAGGCAGAAACAUUUGCAUUUAUGGAAGUGAGAACGUAGACUGGAUCAGACAGUUCAACAGUAAGAUAAUGGAAAUUAGAAGUGAUGGUAUACAGAUUGAGACAGUGUAUGUUGGCAGCAGGCAUCUGAGUGAAAAUGUAACACACAUUUUAGCUACCAUCAAUGAAGAAAUGCACAGAAGUUUCCUCUCUUUCACAGAAUUACAUUUCUUCUGGUUUCGAUUGGAGAGCAUGAGAAGAUCAAUAUUCCGAGCAGGACAGUCUAUCAGAUCGCAUCACAUUCAGGAAGAAGUCUCCACUCUGCUAGAGAGUACCGACGAGGGAUGGGCGAUAAUAGGGAGAGGAAGCACAAAAGAUAUUAUGAAGCUUCAAGGAAGAAGAGCAAUGGACUGCUUGAACAAGUUUUCAGAAUGGGGAGAAAAAGUGAUGAAGUUAGGAUUCUUGGGUGCACUCAGAAAUGUUGUUGAAGGAAGUACUCUCACAGGGGCAGGGCCGUGUGGUCAUUCUAAUAUUGUUCCUUAUGCUGAAGGAUUAGUUGAAGAAGUUGCAGUAUGCAAUAAGUGUAAGCGUCUGAUGGAGAGUUAUGUUGUGUAUGAAUGAAAUGAGAUCAAAUGGGCAUCUUUUAACUAUGUUGCCUUGUCAAUUUAAUGUCUUUUUUAGCUGAUUUACUGACUGCUAAGCCCUCAUAAAUACACAGACUAGUAAUAGUUAUGUUC